GUAGUCCUGAAUUUUGAUCUCUCCUCUCAAAUACUGUUUACAGAAAUAUUGACCUUUAACAAACUUGUAUGUAAAAGAUAGUGGCUGUGAAAAUUUGGGAUUGUAAUGCAAUCUUUUUACUCAAUGUUGUAUCUAAUUCCAAAGUCACCGAGUCAGUAAGACCACCUCAUCAUUCCCAUCUUCUUCCCUCAUUCACUCUCUCUUUCGUCAGAAACAAUGGAGAGAAUCUCAGUGAAGUGCAUUUUUCUCUUCUUGUCUAUUUGCCUUGCCUGCACUUUCGCCAAUGGCUCAAGCCCAAAGAAAACAUACAUUGUCCAGAUGGAUAAAUGGGCAAAGCCGGAGGUAUUCACCGGCUAUGGCCAAUGGUACUCGUCGCUAAUAAGAUCAGUAGUGUUCCAGCAAGAACAAGAAAGAGGGAGUGCCGAGGAGGAAAGGGUGCUUUACAGUUACCAGACAGCCUUCCAUGGAGUUUCUGCUCAGCUCACAGAAGAUGAAGUUCAGAGACUGCAAAAACAACAUGGCGUCUUAGCAGUUUUCCCUGAGACUAUCUAUAAACUCCACACCACCAGAAGUCCUAUGUUUCUUGGGCUUUAUCGAAAAGCAGCCGAGAAUCUUUGGGGUGGGAAACUGUACAGCAAUAAUGUCGUUGUCGGCGUGCUCGACACCGGGAUAUGGCCGGAGAGCCCGAGCUUCAAUGACACCGGAAUGGCGGCGGUUCCGGCUAACUGGAAGGGCGCGUGCGAGAUAGGCCGCGGGUUCGCGAAACAUCACUGUAAUAAAAAGAUAGUCGGCGCUAGAAUGUUCUACCACGGCUAUGAAGCCGCGUCCGGCAAGAUUCGCGAGCUGGAAGAGUAUAAAUCGCCGCGAGAUCAGGACGGCCACGGGACCCACACCGCCGCCACGGUUGCCGGCUCGCCGGUUCGCCAGGCGAAUCUCUUCGGCUACGCUUACGGCACCGCCAGAGGGAUGGCGCCCGGCGCGAGAAUCGCGGUUUAUAAAGUGUGUUGGACCGGCGGGUGCUUCAGCUCGGAUAUUCUCUCGGCGGUGGACCGGGCGGUGGCGGACGGCGUUAAUGUUCUGUCAAUCUCGUUGGGGGGAGGCGUUUCGUCUUACGCUAGAGACAGUUUAUCCAUCGCGACUUUUGGAGCUAUGGAGAUGGGAGUUUUCGUGUCGUGUUCCGCCGGGAACGGCGGCCCGGAUCCCAUUAGCCUCACGAAUGUGUCGCCGUGGAUAGCGACGGUCGGCGCCAGCACCAUGGACAGGGAUUUUCCGGCCACUGUAAAGCUCGGCACGGGUAAAAUCAUAACCGGAGCUUCACUUUACAAAGGUACGAGGAAUCUGAAUUUGUCGGUACAAAAACAGUACCCUUUAAUUUACGUCGGAAACAGUUCCUCCGGUCCCACUCCCAGCUCCCUCUGCUUAGAAGGCACACUGGACCGCCGCGCCGUCGCCGGAAAAAUUGUGAUAUGCGACAGAGGGAUUAAUCCCCGGGUUCAGAAAGGCCAAGUAGUGAAAGACGCAGGCGGAGUAGGAAUGAUUCUGUCAAACACCGAAGCUAACGGGGAAGAAUUGGUGGCGGAUAGUCACCUUAUCCCGGCGGUCGCCGUCGGCGAAACAGCCGGAAAUGCAAUCAAGAACUACGCUUCAAGCAGCCGGAAUCCCACUGCUACUUUAGCAUUCCUCGGAACCAAAACCGGAAUCCGGCCAUCGCCGGUGGUGGCGGCGUUUUCAUCCAGAGGCCCAAAUUUCCUCACCCUGGAGAUUCUGAAACCGGAUUUCGUCGCCCCGGGAGUGAACAUUCUCGCCGCGUGGACCGGCGAUUUGGGACCGUCCAGUCUGCCGACAGAUCAACGGAGAACAAAUUUCAACAUCUUGUCGGGAACCUCCAUGUCCUGCCCACACGUCAGCGGCAUCGCCGCUUUGCUUAAAGCCCGCCACCCAGAUUGGAGCCCCGCCGCCAUUAAAUCAGCGCUCAUGACAACGGCGUACGUUCACGACAACACAUUCCGUUCUCUCAAGGACGCCGCCACAGGGACAAACUCAACCUCGUACGACCACGGCGCCGGCCACAUAAACCCGCUAAAAGCCGUGAAUCCCGGCCUAAUCUACGACAUCUCGCCGCAGGAUUACUUCGAUUUCCUCUGCACCCAGGAUCUCGAGCCCGCCCAGCUCGCAGUUUUCGCGAAAUUCUCCAACCGGACCUGCAAACACGCGAUCUCCAAUCCCGGAGACUUGAACUAUCCGGCCAUCUCAAUGAUAUUCCCGGAAGACCGUCGGGUUUCGGCGGUGACCCUUCACCGGACCGUCACCAACGUUGGCCCUCCGGUCUCCAGUUACCACGUAGCAAUCACGGAAUUCAAAGGCGCCACUGUCAAGAUUGAGCCCACAAGACUGAACUUCACGAGGAAAAACCAGAGACUGUCGUACAAGAUAACUUUUACCAGAAAAGAGCGGCAAACGGCGCCAGAGUUUGGGCACAUGAUUUGGAAAGAUGGAAGUCAUAAGGUGAGAAGCCCGAUCAUAGUCACAUGGCUUACGCCUGUAUGAUCCAUUACAUUCCAGGCUACCUGCAAAAUAUUCACAAUAAGAAUCUACUGUCUGAGCCAGAUAGAUGCUUAAGAUUUGGCUACUUAGUUUAUUUCAAGAAUUAUUCAAGACUGUUUUUCGUUAUGUUACUGUGGUACGGUGCAUCGUCACUCCAUUAGAGUGUCUUCAUUUUGGUAACUCAAAAUCUUGAUUGAAUUGGAGAUGCUGAUGUUUUUACACAGUCAAAAUAGGUAAAGUUUGUAACUUUCUUCUUGGAAUCUUUCACUAUGCAUUUAUUUUUAGAGUUAAUUACG